CCUCUUUAGAGAGAAUGCACAAUUCUAAGAAAUUAACUGGCUAUUAUUUGACUAUUCAAACAGCCCUCACCAAUAAUAAACACAAUGUUUAGUACAAUACUGUUACAGUUAUACUGCCAGAUAAUGCAAUUCCUGAUAUAAGUGUAUGUGGCUAUCAGUUUGUGACCACAAUUAUGACAUCGCUCAAGAGGGCUCUCAAUGCGUAUCACACAGACAAAGUAGAGAUAAAACGAAUAGACCAAAAAGAAUCCCGAGCCAUAGUUGAAACCAUUAAAAAAGACGUUUAUCACUUUCUUCGAGAGAUCAAUGUUCCUGUUCGUCCAUUUGAAGCAAUAGGAAGUGUCUUUGAAGGCCUUAAGGUUAUAACAUAUGACGAAUUUGAUCUUUUGAUGCCCAUCAAAAUCACCAAUCAUGUCAAAGUUAUACCGAUAAGAAAAGCAGGUCAAUGCUAUUUAAGUCUCAAAAGACACACCAAUAGAUACAUCCGAGGGUCAUCAGGCAGUCGUAAUGAGUGGAGCAAAGAUCUAAGUCGCUACACUGAUGACAAGGGUUAUCUAUCCGCCACUUUGGUCAGACGAGCAUUUCAGAGUUUCUUGCAGAGAUGGGUCAGUGUAUUCCAAAGUAAACACCAGCCCACCCCAUACAUCAUAUCAGUCUCAACAGGGGGCCCAGCAAUCACUGUACAGCUACAGAAAGGGGGUCCAAAACUUAGUAUCGACUUUGUCCCAGCUUUGGAUUUGACUGAUACAGAUUCAUUACAUAUAGCCAAGCCAAGGAAGCAGGGUGAUCUAGAGAGUGAUAUUGGUAGCGAUAACGGAGAAGAGUCACUCUGGAUGAUUUCUCAUUGUAGAUUAGAAAAGGUGACACUGAAGAAUAUUGAUAGGCAUGACAAUGGUUGUAGAAAAAAAUGUAUAAAAAUUUUGAAGACAAUCCGUCAACAUAGAGAACAACUACGUGGUUUAAGUAACUAUGCUUUUAAAAUGAUCAUUCUCAAACUUAAUAACGAAAGAUCAUGGUUAUCAAAAGAUUUGGCAGAUUGUUUUGUGGACUCGAUCAAGGAAUUGCAUCGUAGUUUGGAAAUUCAAAAUCUCCCCAGUUAUUUCAAUAAAAGUGUUAACAUCUUUGCUAGUAUGUCACCAAUAGCAAUGGCCAACAUGGAAGGGUAUUUGAAGAGAAUAAUUAGGAAGAGAACCUACAUUGAUGACCUGCUGACAUGCCCUGAGAGAUGCAAGAUGUGCUACACCCUCUCACUUCCCCAACAGACACAACAUCAAGAAAUCAUUGACUGGAGAUUUGAUAGAAGACAAUAAAGGGAUUUCAUGCCAUUUAACUAGGUCCAUCGACCUCAAUUUUUUGAAAAAUGUUCAAUUCUGACUGAGAAUAUGUUAUUCUUACUAGAUCAUUACUAACCAAUGUAAUGUGAUUGUUCACUUUCAGUCAUGUGACUGUCCUGAAUG